AUGGCGUCCGCCGAGCUCGCUACGGAGCGUGCUCUGUAUAUUGGAAAUACCAUUUCCACAGUUGUUUAUGGAGGGAAUUUAUUCUUAUAUGCCUACUCGACCUACCUGCUCAUGAUCUCAACCAAGCCAGUGCGGCUCAGGAUAUUCUACACGUGUUUCGGAGGCCUUCUCUUGCUUCUUUUGACCAUCAGCUUUGCAAGUAAUAACGCUUUCUGCGAACUGAUGUGGAUAGAGAGACAAAACUACCCUGGUGGCACCUCUGCAUUUCUUGCUGCAAAUAUGGCCGCCUGGUACAAUGUCUUUGGCACAGCGGCAGACUGUGCCGCAAAUAUUCUGACAGACGGAACUCUUGGUAAGUUUACGACAUAUAUCCUUUAUCGCUGUUACAUUAUUUGGGGGUCAAGCUGGCCGGUAAUUGUCAUCCCUGCGAUUAUAUACUUGGGAUCUGCCACUAUGGCUGUCAUGAUGGUGAUUCAGAGUGCCAUGCCAACGUCAGAUCUAUGGCAGGGCCUUGCUGCACAAUUCGGCAUUUCAUGGGUCGCAUUAACUGUCGGAUUUAACAUUAUUGUAACUGCAUUGAUAAUCUAUCGGCUGUUAUUCUUUCAUCGCAGAUGGAGUCCUUACACGGGCAUUGCGGAAAUUCUGGUGGAGUCUGCCCUCCCUUUCACAGUUCUGGGAAUCGCCUACCUUGCUACCUAUAUCCAAGGCGUCCCAAGUGCGACGGCGGUAGGAAUAGUUUGGGGAACCUUCGUGGUUUUGAUGCCCCAGCUCAUCAUUCUAAGGAUUGCUUCAGGGGUUGCGUGGUCAAGAGACACGGCCUCUAACAUCACUCAAACCACUCUGCUUUACUAUCACAGCUCAUCUUCUGACAGCAGUAAUAUAACCAGGAAGAAUCCGUGA